AUGCGCCUUGCAAUUCGGCCUGACCUUGCGCCUCGCGAUCCGCUCGACACCCUUGGGCGCAAAGAAGGCGCGCGCUCCAGCGUGGCCCAGCAUCCUACAGCCGCGUUUCGCGUGGUCGCCACAGGCCAGCACCGCAAAACGAUCGACGAGGAGGGGCCGCGCGGUCGCAUCAUCCGGGCUGUGCUCGACAAUCCCGAAACGGCCGACCUGGUGCGUCAGCAAGCCGCCCAACUGGCGCUGGCGCCCCUGCCCGACCAGUCGCUCGUGGGGCUGCGGCUGCGGUGGGCGCCCGAGGAAUGGCCGGCCGGGUUAGGCAUGCCCGACGAUGGGCAACCGCGGCUCGACGAUGCCAUCCUCGAUGCGCUCGUUGCGCGACGUCUCACCCUAGCGUCGACCGGCAGCCGCCGGUGGACCCCGAGCGCAUCGGCAUCGAGGGCGCGCUGUCGGACGGACACAAACUGCUCAACGAUCCGACACCGGCUGCAGCCCGACGAGCUCACCUACAGCG